AAACUCAACGGGGUGGAGUCACGUGAUGCCCAACCAUACCUGAAGACCUAUAUAAAUGAGAUCUAUACCUUUAUCAUUCUUCAUUAGCUCGUCUUUUGAUCUCUUGCAAACAUGAAAUCACUCUCAGCGUUUCUCCUAUUGGUGUCCGUUGCCACCCUCUGUCAUGCUAAUAUGGGGGCGGAAAAAGUGAGUGAAGAUGAUAAUUUCAUCGUCUACCGCAUUCCUGUAAAAGAUCUGGAAUCUCAGGCCAGCGGAUACUAUCAAGGCAUUUCUCCAAGUACCCUCGGAAGGUCCUCCAGCAAAAGUUCAAGUUCUAGCAAAAGCACAUCUUCAUCGACUGGGUCCGGCAAGGGUAAAGGUUAUGGGGAAGGAUCUUCAUCGGCAGGACAUGGCCAUGGUCACGGUGGAUCGAGUCACGGAGAAGGUUAUGGAGGCAGCAGUGAGGGCGGUUACAGCGGAGGUCAUGGCUACGGCCAAGGUGGCUCCGGAGGUGGAUACGGUCAUGGUGGAUCCGGCGGUGGAUAUGGACACGGUGGCUCUGGAGGUGGAUAUGGUCAUGGUGGAACUGGUGGUGGAUAUGGACACGGUGGCUCAAGCGGUGGUUAUGGCCAUGGUGAAUCUGGUGCUGGUCACGGCUAUGGUGGUUACGGUACUGGAAGUAGCGGCCACGGAGCUGGCUAUGGAGGACAAGGAUACCCUCAGAAAGCCAGCUACACACCGGCUGGAUAUGAUGAACCAUCCGACGAAGAGUCAGACUACCCGAAAGUCGUAACGACCACCAAAACUUACACUACGAACAGUGCCCAUGACUCAGGACGACCCAGCAGCCAAUACAGGCAAAUUCCGGACAGUCUAGGAAACAUUCGAUUCAGGUUGGGAGAUUAUUUGAAGAACACACCCGGGCAUGAGGGCAGCGCCACCAAAUAUAGACAGAAACUAAUCGAAGAAUUCGGGGCAGCAGCCUCCUCCCCAGGCUACAGAUCCGGUCAAGGUUUCAACAUCAACGAUUUGACUCGAAGCUUGAAUCAAGGACUGAGACCCUCUUACAGAAACAACCCAUACCAACCUCAAGCGUCCAUUCUUUUUCCAUACGCACUCCGACAGUUAUAAGAAGAGAGGCUAAUUUAUCGCUUCAACUAGCCAAAGGAUCGGAUAUUCAGGAGUCCGGAUUCAAGUGCUUUAAUAGAGCGUGAGAUGUUCCACCCUCCAUUUUAAUGUCAACACUUUAAUUAACCUUCUUCCGAUGGAAUAUAGUUUUUCAACAAUACGCAUCUUGGACAUAGUUGAUUGAAAACUAUGUCAGGUGUGGAGGUGGGUGGUGAUGCGCGCAUGAGUAAAGACAAUUACUAGGUCUACCACAGCUGAGUGUGUGCAAUACAGAUGCGAUUUAAGGAGUUUUAUGACAUAUUUUUUAAUCAUAAAAGCCUUACUUUUAAAUGCAAUAGAUAUUUCCCAAUAUUGCUCAUUUUAAUUAUAAAUUUAUGUUUAGUUAGAAGGGAAAGGGAUGUAGCCUCCACAUUUAAAAGAAAGAAAAGGAAUGCGAGGAAGAAGAAAGAGUUAUUUAUUUAUAGAUUUGUAUAAAGUCCAAUAAUUGUGUUAGCAUUUUUUAUACUCAUUCAUUCAACACUGUUUGUCUUUUGUCUAAAAUGUUUGUUUCUCGAUUUAAUAAACUCAUCUUCAGAGAUA